AUAGAUGAGAAAGACAGAGAGUGUAUGUGCGAUUGCUUAGUGUUGCUGUAGACUGUAGUGAAAAAAAUGGCAGUAGAUGACUCUUUCAAGAAACCAGGAGCAGUACCAUUCAAGUGGGAGAUUAAACCUGGUGUUCCAAAGCUCCAACAACACCCCCACCACCAGAAACAACAACAACAACAACCACCCUGCAACUAUCAUCGUACUGUAUUACCAACGCCGCCACAAAAGCUUCGGCCCCCGCCGUCCGGGUCUUACUUCGUGCCUCCAUUGGAGCCCCGGAAACGCUCUUUCCGGGCGUCUCCCAGGACCCGGUCAGAGCGCUGGCGGUUCGACCGACCCACCACCCUGGUUGGACCCGAGGUCGUCUCGCCCGGGUGCUUCUUCUCGUCUUUCCUGGGGAGAAAACCCGAAAAGAGGAGGCUCCGGAAGAUCGGUCCCGCGUCCGAACCCGACUACACAUCGGACCUGGAGACUCUGUCCCGGUGGUCCGUUUCGAGCCGUAAGUCGCUCUCGCCGUUCCAGGACUCGCCGUCGUCGUCCUUCUCGUCGUCGUACCAGUCGUCGCCCCGACCCGUGAGCGAUGCCGACUGGGCCGGGUUCGGACUCUUUUGAAUGUUGCUGUUGAAGCCCCGUAGUGUGUGGCUUUGUUUUAUUUCACAUAGAAAAAUCGCUAAAGCUCAUUUAGUAUUUAUGCUUUUGAAGGGUUCCUUUGUAAAUUCAAAAAGUGGAGAUUCAAGGCCAAGGGUAAGGGUAUGAUUUUCUUGAGAGAAACACUUUUCAAUAGUCUUUUUUGACUUUUGAGAUGUAUACAAGAGAAUUAUAAA